GGGCCACUGAUCACACAUAAAUGAGGAGUACUGGAGGCAACAUCAGAGCGCCUAAUUAGCAUUCACUGGUUGAGGGCAAGAAACUUUUUUUUUGCAAAAAUGGAGGACUUUGAAUAUGGAGGUGAAAACUAUGAAAAUUACACCUAUGAAUACACAACAGAAGGACCUGCUAAACUGAUCAGCCAGAGCUCUUGUUUGAAUGAGGUGUCCUGCAUGUCUUCACUUGUCACAGUUGUCAUCAUCUUCCUGCUGGGAGUCAGUGGGAAUGGCAUUGUCAUUUGGAUCGCUGGCCUCAAGAUGAGGAAAAGUGUCAACAUAGUCUGGUACCUGAGCCUGGCCAUUUCAGACUUCAUGUUCUGCGUCUCUCUCCCCAUGACUGUUGCACAUAUAGCCACCAAAGAAUGGGUCUUUGGGCUCUUCAUGUGCAAGUUCACCUCCUUCAUCAUGUUUGUCAACAUGUUCAGCAGCAUCUUCCUCCUAGUCAUCAUCAGUGUUGACCGCUGUGUCUCCGUUGUGCUCCCUGUCUGGGCACAGAACCACCGCACAGUGAGGAAGGCUUCCCUUGUGGUCAUUUUCGCUUGGAUUGUCUCCAUUGUCCUGAGCUGGCCUUCAGCAGUCUUCCGUGAAACUAGACGGAUGUGGGAAAAGGUUGAGUGUUUUACUAAUUAUAAUAAGUAUAACUCAACCUCCAUUCACGGAACUGUGGUUAUAACUCGUUUUGUCUGUGGCUUUGCUAUUCCUUUUGUAAUAAUUUCCUUGUGCUAUUCUAUUAUUAUAUGUAAACUGAAGAGCAAUCACAUGAGUCAGAAGUCCUCGAAACCUUUCAAAGUCAUGUCUGCACUCAUAGUAACUUUUUUCAUAUGCUGGUUGCCCUAUCAUGUUUUCAUGCUACUGGAGCUGAAAUUUUCACACUACCAUCUUGAGACCUUGAGAGCCGGCUUGACAUGGGGCAGCAUUCUUGCGUUUGCCAACAGUUUCUUGAAUCCUGUUCUGUAUGUCUUUAUGGGCAAUGACUUCAAGCAGAAAUUCAGGUACACCAUGCUGUCGAAAAUAGAGAAUGCAAUCGGUGAGGAUGGACGCACGACCAGCCGCUACUUCUCCAGAUCCAGUUCAGUGGAGGGGAGAGCUUCAACUCACAUAUGAGAACCCAGACUGAGAUCUGUGUACAGAAGGCACUCAUGCUCCAUGGUGACACACAGCAUUGGGUCACUGGGGGUCACCAAUAGGCCUGGAGCUGUGGGUUCAUUUCCUGCAUGGGUCAUUUCCACCAUUUUUCAUCACAUCAGCUUUCUUUAGUGUAGCACAUUUGCAGAUAGGUCAUCGUGUAUUUUACAGUUUAUUUCUCCCAAGGAAGCAAAAAGAAAAGUAAAAUUUGCAAACUGUAAAAUACUGGAAAAGAUUAUCAUUUAAUAUUGCCAGUAGAAUGAUGGAUGAAUGUUGGAUUGCAAGGAUACGUGAAAGAGCCCAUUUAUAGGAGGUGCCGUGAUGCUGCCAAUUAUUUACUCAAAGAAGGGUGAAGGAAUAAAAAUUCUCGACAGUAUAAUGUAAACAGAUAUAGUCACAUACAGUUUUCAGUUUUGUAUUAGUUGUGGUGUUAAUAUUUCUUCUUUUGCAGCUUUUCAAUGAGCAUAUUACAGAAGGCAUAUGCAAGAUCUUUAGUAGCUGGAAACUGCAAGUCAGCAGAAAUGAAAUUGUCUGCAAUUAGACAGGAAUAAUGUAUAACAACAUUGGUUUUGCUUUAAGUGAAUAUGUAAAAUCAAUCUACGAACUCAAUGUCUUGGUUUCUAAUGUCAGUCCUUGUACACUACAGAGAUUAAGUCCAGACAAAAUAUUUUUACCCUAAUGCUUUUGUUUAACCUCAGUUAUUUAUUGCAAGGUUUUCCUUUCACUUUUAUCACUUACAACAUUGUCCAGUAUUUUUCAUUUUUCCAUAAUUAUCGAAGCAGAGCACUUUCGGAACCCACUUUCAAAUACCACACUUCUUUACCAGGAAUGAUGUAUUAAUAUAUAUGUAUGCAAAGUCAUAUAAGAUGAAGGACAGCUUUCCUUUUUCUUUAAGGGAGCAUGCAAGAAAUAUCUCUGAAAUUAUUAAAUUAGUUCGACCAAAAACAUCUUUGGAAAGGAGCUUGGUGGUAUGCAAAAAAGUACAAUUUAACAACUUUGUUUUGACAUAGUCUUACAACAUCGGAUAAAGCACUAUUUUGAUGAACAUCAGCAGCUUGUGGUUGUUACUCGGAUGCCACAUAGCUUAACAGACUCAUUUGUAAAGUAACUAUGAUCUACAUAUCUGCGACACUGCUUGUGAAGAACAGGAAAUGUGACCAAUGAUAUGUUGCAGAAAUGCUCUGCACUCAGUUCAUUUUCUCAUCACACUCUUAUCAUUAAUGUUAUUUGACACUGAGCUGUAA